AUGAGCUUGCUGAACGAUUCAGCGUUGCUAGCAAAGGCAGAACGAUGUCGCGAGCGUAUGCGGAAGAUUGCCGCUCAGGUGACAUGGAGCAAAGGCUGGAACAUCUUUGAUCUACCAUCCCGUGAAGAGCUCAUCGCAUUUUUCUCAUCUCUCACGAAGCCAGAAAUUUACAAGUUCGACCAAGAUGUGUUUGGCUAUGGACAUGACCCAAAAACUUAUAUGAGAAUUCAUAGAAUGAAAGAGUCAACGGCGGUAGUUGAGUUGGAGCAGGAAAUUUGGGAUAAGGAGACGGUUUACGGGAGUGUUCCGAACUGUGGAGGUGUUAGGGGACAUGAUGGAGCUGAUGCUUCAACGUCCUCCGGAUUCCGUGAUGGCUACCACCCAAGUAUGGAUAUGCACUAUUCUAGAAGAAUUUACGCUGACGAGACAGAUGCAAAAACAAAGAAAAAGAGCAAAAAGAAGGCAGCUAAAAAGAAGAACACUCGCCGCUAG